CCUUCACAUUCAAGUAACCUCUUGUUAACAAUACAGUAUUUUAAAAUAGGUUAACUUAUUUUAUUGUAUUCGAAAUUAAUCAAACGUUUUUCGAUUUCGGGCCUGACUGGUACACUCGUAUAGUCAUCAAUGUAUUUUUAACUUUACUAUGGAACAAAAAAUCAAACCGUUGUCGUUAAGUGAAACGCUGAGAGCUUUUGAGAAAUCCUUAGGUUUUAAAAAUGAAAUAAAAUGGCCCAGUUUUAUUGCGAUCACGUUGUAUCACAUUAUCGGAGUUUACUGGUGCUAUUAUUUCGCGUUUCCAGUGAAAUGGCAAACUUUGGUUUUCGCCCUGAUAAUGUACGUGGCUUCGGGCUUUGGAAUCACCGGUGGAGCGCACAGGCUGUGGACACAUAGGGCCUUCAAAGUCAACACGCCACUGAAGCUAUUCUUCCUACUAUGCUUUGCCAGUGCUGGACAGAACUCCCUAUACCAAUGGGUACGAGACCACCGCAUCCACCACAAGUUCAGCGAUACGGAGGCAGAUCCUCACAAUGCAAACCGUGGACUGUUCUUCUCGCACAUCGGCUGGCUCAUGAUGAAGAAGAACGAAGAAGUCCUUCUACGCGGAAAGCAGAUCGAUAUGAGUGAUAUCGAGAACGACCCUAUACUGAGGUUUUAUGAUAGGCAUUUCGGGCUCUUCAAACUAAUCUUCUGCUACAUCUUGCCCACGAUGAUUGGGGUUUGGCUGUGGGAAGAAAACUGGAAGUGCGCAGUCGCGUGGCAAUGCUUCAUACGAUUCCUCAGUAUGUUCCAUAGUGAACUCACUGUCAACAGCUUGGCUCACACUUUUGGAUACAAACCUUAUAACAAAAACAUUGUCCCCGCAGAAAAUCGGUUUGUAUCCAUCUGUACUUUGGGCGAAGGCUGGCACAACUACCACCACGCAUUCCCCUUCGACUACAAGGCAGCUGAGCACUUCGACCUCUUCAAUUUUGGGACGUGGUUCAUCAGAUUCUUCGAGAAGAUCGGCUGGGCUUACGACCUCAGAGAAGCCACACCCGAAAUGAUAAAUUCCAUUGCUAAGAGAUUAGGAGACGGCACUCCCAUACAUUUUCCGCUACCCGAGGUCCCCAGCGAAAAAGAGGAGAGAACCUUAGGGUUAAGUAGAAAUUGUAAUAAGGUAUUGUGUUAAUCUACAUUUUAAGAAUUUGUUACCUGCUGGAAGGUUAGGUAAACACGUAUUUGUAUUACAAGUUUAAGUUCACAUUAUUGUGUAAUUCUUGGAAUAAAAUAUAACUGCCUAA